UUCUGGUGAAAUUCGUGAAGAGAAAAAGACCUUUUCAAAUAAUGGACGCACUACAAAAAUUUGUAACUGAAAAUGAUUUGGACCUAGUUUGCCUUAUAAAUUUGAUUGACUGUGGCUAUACCUAUGAAAAACUGCAAUAUAUAGAAAAUGAUGAUCUAAAUUUUAUUUUUCCAAAUCGGGAAGACACCGCUUUGCGUUCCGAAUUUAGGGCAAAGCUUUUUGAGUGGAAAGCCAAAAAUAAAAAACACCUGCCGACUUUGGCUCAGCCCAUAUCCUUGCCAGAAAACAACUUAGGGCAUCAGGAAAUAAAUUUGCAAAGUGGUUCACGUGUUUGUAAGAGUGCAAUGGAUAUACUCCUGUCGUCAAAUACCGGAAAAAAAAUUAUGGAACAAAAGACGGCAGCCACAGAAAUCAUUUGCCCAGAACCAGCUCAUAAUACAAUCUUCAUAGCAAGCAGUGAUAUGUUAGAUUGCGUCCAAAAAUUAAAGUUUUACGUUGGCAGCGAGGAGGAUUCCAUGGAGCUGUGGGCCGCUACCUAUGAAUUACGAAAAAACAUCAUCUGUAGUUCAGAUAAUAGUUUGGAUGCAAUUGUUAAGGAGUUUCCUUUGUUUAAGCAGGCCAUGGGACAUAAAUUUGUAAGCACGAUGCCCAGUUUUGGGGUUUUAACUGUUUGUGAUGUUUCGUAA